AUGAUGGGUAAAGAUAGCAGUGUUAUGAAGGCAUGGGAGGCCACAGUGCGUAAGACACAAGCAGUUGCUAAGAAGCGUGCCAAUAGCAUAUUUGGGACAACACAUGUUGCCCAUGCAGACGAAGAAGACAACAAAGAUGAUCAAAGUGGAAGCGAUGCAUCAGAACUAUAUCAUGCAGAGAGGGUUCUCCCCAAUGGGGAUUACUAUAAAGGAGAAUGGGCAGAUAAUUUCCCACAUGGAAAGGGAAAAUACUUGUGGACAGAUGGGUGCAUGUAUGUUGGAGAAUGGUUCAAAGGAAAAACAAUGGGAAAAGGUAGGUUCACUUGGCCUUCUGGCCCCACUUAUGAAGGGGAAUUCAAGAGUGGUUAUAUGGAUGGGACAGGAACAUACACAGCUUCUAAUGGGGAUACUUAUAAGGGACAAUGGGUCGUGAAUUUGAAACAUGGUCAUGGUGUGAAGAGUUUUGCCAAUGGGGAUAGGUAUGAAGGAGAAUGGAGAAGGGGGUUGGAAGAUGGGCAGGGGAGAUAUCAAUGGAAGGAUGGGAACCAUUAUGUUGGAGAAUGGAGGAAUGGGACUAUUUGGGGUAAAGGGUCAUUUGUUUGGGGUAAUGGGAAUAGGUAUGAGGGGUAUUGGGAAGAUGGUUUGCCUAAAGGGAAUGGAACUUUCAAAUGGUCUGAUGGAAGUUUUUAUGUGGGGAAUUGGAGUAAGGAUCCAAGUGAUCAAAGUGGAACAUACUAUCCUUGUGGGACAUCAGAGGAGGGUCAUCUUGAGUGGGAUCCUCAAGAAGUGUUUAAUGAGUUGAGUGAGUAUUCAAUUUGUCCAGGGGAGAAGGUUUCAAUUUUGCCAUCACAGAAGAAACUUGCAGUGUGGAGGUCUACAAAAGGAGGGGAUGGUGCUAAGCCUAGGAGAAUGUCAGUGGAUGGAAGGGUAAGUGUAGGGCUUGAGAAGCCAAGUGAUAGAAUGCAAAUAUGGGGUGGUGCGGAGGGUGAUUUCAGUGGUUAUAGAACUCCAACUAGAGGGGGUGCUUUGGAUGAAGACUUGUUAGGUUUACAUAUAGAUGAUGCUAGGACUCAACUCCAUACUCUGAAAGCACCAAGGAAAUCAAAGAGGCAGGGAGAGACCAUAUGCAAAGGGCACAAAAAUUAUGAGCUCAUGCUCAAUUUGCAACUUGGAAUCAGGCAUGCUAUUGGAAGACCUGCCCCCUCAGCAUCUCUUGAUCUGAAGCCUUCAGCUUUUGACUCCAAGGAGAAGGUGUGGACAAGAUUUCCUCCUGAAGGAUCCAAGUAUACUCCACCACAUGCUUCAAUUGAGUUCAAGUGGAAGGACUAUUGCCCUGUAGUUUUUAGAGCUCUUAGGAAGCUAUUCAAGGUUGAUGCAGCUGAUUACAUGAUAUCCAUAUGUGGAGAUGACGCGCUUCGUGAACUUUCCUCUCCUGGAAAAAGUGGCAGCUUCUUUUACUUGACCAAUGAUGACCGUUACAUGAUUAAGACAAUGAAGAAAGCAGAAGCAAAAGCUCUUUUGAGAAUGCUUCCAGCUUAUUACAAUCAUUUUCGGGUAUUUGAGAAUGCUCUACUGACAAAGUUUUAUGGCCUGCAUUGUGUAAAGUUAACUGGACCUACUCAAAAGAAGGUUCGGUUUAUUAUAAUGGGUAACCUCUUUUGUUCUGAGUAUACAAUCAAUAGACGCUUUGAUUUGAAAGGUUCUUCACUUGGCCGGAUAACAGAUAAGCCUGAGACAGAGAUUAGUGAAACCACUAUCCUUAAAGAUCUUGAUCUAAAUUUUAUAUUUAGACUGCAAAGAACUUGGUAUCAAGAAUUUUGCAGGCAAAUUGAUAGGGACUGUGAGCUUCUGGAACAGGAGGGAAUUAUGGACUAUAGUUUGCUGGUUGGUAUUCAUUUCAAAGAUAUAUCAGCAGAUGGGGAUCUUAUUCCUUCAGGAUCUCGGACUCCUAGUGGUACCUUUGAGAGUGACGGAACUCCACAUAUUUCAAGAGUAGACGUGGAUCAACUUCUUCUAGAUCCUUCCAGGUGGGCGAGUAUCAAAUUGGGUGUGAAUAUGCCAGCAAGGGUUGAAAGGACAAUGAGAAGAAGUGGUUGUGAAUUACAACUUGUAGGAGAACCAGUUGGAGAGUUCUACGAGGUUGUUUUGUUUUUUGGCAUCAUAGACGUACUUCAAGACUAUGACAUCACCAAGAAGCUUGAGCAUGCCUACAAGUCCAUUCAAUAUGACCCAACCUCAAUAUCAGCUGUUGAUCCUAAACAAUACUCAAAGCGUUUUCGUGACUUCAUUUUCAGAAUAUUUUCUGAAGACUCUUGA